ACAUCACUCGUGCAAUCGUUGGACGACGGAUCAGAAAUCAUGCCCGCGCUCAAGUUCGUGCGAUCUGUGUGGGAAUCAUUCCGAGCCAACUCAGGCCUCGAGCCAAGGCUACUCGAUGGUCUCCGAGUCACCUCCGCAGUUCCUGGUCGCGUCAAGUUCGAGCUCGACAUCCAGAAAGAGCAUACGAACCGUUUGAACAUCCUCCAUGGCGGAACCAUAGCUAGCAUGGUCGACCUCGGCGGCUCCCUAGCCGUAGCCUCCCGCGGUCUUUUCGCAACCGGCGUAUCCACUGAUUUGAAUGUCACCUACCUCUCCUCAGGCGGGAAGAUUGGUGACAUGAUCAAAGCAGAAGUGACCUGUGACAAGUUCGGCAAGACAUUGGCAUACACCUCUAUCAACUUCAGCAACAACAAGGGCGAGGUCUUUGCACGGGGUAGCCACACCAAGUAUGUGGCGCUGGCAUGGAAAGAUCCAAACAACAUCGUCGAGGAGCUGUCACCAAAGAAGGCGGAAAAGAAGGAAUAGCAAUCGGGGGCUUGUGUAUAUAUCUCUUACGUUGCCGAUACUUGCUAGGCAUACGCUAUUGAUGAACACGCAACGCCGAUAUACGUUAGAUCCCCAGUCCAUCGUCUUCGCGCCAGUAAAGAGUGACAUGAAUACUCGUGACCAAGGCUGGCCAACGCCGUAGAAAUGUCGAUUGGGUUUAGUUGAACAAAUCUCAAAUCCCAG